AUGAUAUAAGAUGAAAUAAAAAAUGAGUUUUUAAUUCUUAGUCCUUCUCAAAGUUAUGACGGAAGUAUAAUGUAUUUACAAUUUCUAAGUCUUAGGAUAAAUAACAAUUAGAAAGAAAAUUCUUUUCAAGUGGGUAAAAGGAUAAAUAUGUCUCAUCCUAGACAACCUUCAUAUGAAGUAGAAGAGGAUAAAACACCUGCUUUUGAGAUAUUUGAUUUGAAAGCUAAUAAGCAAACCAAAGGGAUUACUUGGUAAUUUAGAAAUCAAGGAGAAUAAACUAUUGUAAAAAACAAUAUUACACAAGCGAAUACAUUCCAAUAAAAUUAAAAAAAGGUAUUAGCAUUUAUUAAUAAAUUAAAAUAACACCUUACCCUAAAAAAUAAACAACAUAAAUUUAUUAACUAAUUGCUUUUUUCUCCUUUAAAUGCUGGAAAAAAGAUAUAUAAGAAUUCCCUUUAACCUUAAUUAAAUUUGAUUUGGGAUUCAAUCAUUUUCUUUUUCUGUAUUUUAAUCUUGAUCAUUUCUCCAGUAGAAUACAUUUACUAAACAAAUGGAUAUGGGAAUUAUUUAUUUACUUCCUUGAUUAUUCUAACCAUUUUAGAUUAAAUAUAUAAAUAUACAUCUUAAAUAUGCUAAGAAGAAUAUUUAUAUUAGAGUAAAUAAUUUCUUGAAUAUAUUUUUAAGUCAUCAAAAAUUUUGAUGGAUACAUCUUCUAUAGUUUUGCUUACCAUGCUAAUACUUUCAGAUAACGAAUUCAUAAAAACGAUUAGUUUGCUAAUAAUCGAACUUAUAACUUAUAAAAAGAUAUUUCUAGCAUUCAAUAAGAGAUUAUAUUAUGAGAUGAGUGAUUUAACAAUCUAGAUUGUUUAAAUUUUACAUACUUGCCAUUAUUUUACAUAUGAUUAAGUUAAAGGAUCUUAAGAUAUGUUUUAGGAGUACCUACAGAUUUAUGUUAACUAUAUUAUUUAAUUGGAAAUUUCAAAUUGGAAUAUGUGUACUACUUUUAUCCUUUUGUUUUAUAAAAUUUUAAUUAUCAAACUCAUAAUUUUAGAUUCUCUUGAAUUUUACUAAGAAUUCAAAAAAAUAAAAGAAUUGAAAUUACUCUAAAGAUUCUUGUACAAAUAGAAAAUUUCAUAAACUUUAAAGUAUUAAAUUUCUAGGAAGUUAGAGGAAGUAUGUUUAAAGGAUUAAAAUUUUUAAAACAUAGAAAAUUAUUUUGAAUAAUGUUUAGAAAAGGAAUAACUAUUUCAAGAAUUUAAAGAGCAAUAAUUACUCAACUUUGUAAAAUAAUUUCGAAUAUUUUCUCAAUUUUCCAAAUCAACAUAAUAAUAAAUAGCUUAAAAUCUUACCCCAAUUAUACUUAAUAUAAAUGAUAAAUUCAGAUGUAAUCACUAUGGUGACUAAUAUAAUAUUUAUCUUGUAAAUUAAGGCAAAGUUGCAUAUGGCUUAACAGAAUCAAUACCAGAAUAUAAAAAAAUAUUCAGUGGCCAAUGUUUUGGUUAAUAUUCCUUUUUUACUGGCUAAGAAAAUCAAAAUCUAAUAACAGGUUUAGGUUAUUGCAUACUUUAUAAGUUAAGCAGGGAAAAAUUUCUAAAAAUUAUAUCAUCUAAUAUCUAAGAUUUGGAAAUUGCUGCAUUCAUUAAAGAUUAAAUUUUAUUUAAUAACAACUAUUAAAUCAUAGAUUCAGUUUGUUAAUAUUGUUAGGAUAGGACUCAUUUAUUAAUUAAUUGUCCACAAAUACAUUUAAUAAAAAACAAUAUUGGUUUUUAUGAUAAAUACCUCUAUUCUCCAAAUUAACCUAGAAAAUCAUUUGAUAGAGGAAGGAAACGAAAUUAAAAUUGUUUUCUAAAUCAUUUUAAGUAAAUAAAUGCAAUACAUUUGAAUGAAGCUGAAAUUGAAGAAGUUUCAUCUGAAUUUUCGUAGCAAUCAUCCAGUGUUAUAGAGUCAAAUUAAGAAAAAAAUGAGUUACAAUUAUAAGGAGAAUCAUAAAACAAUCUCCUAAUCGAAAUCAAUAAUGAGAAUAUCAAAUAAAAUGAAUAAUAACAGCAACUAGAAUAUUGUUAAUAAAAUUCAGCUUAAUAACUAUAAUAAAAGUCCCUAAGUAGAAACAUUUUUGAUUUAAAAAUUUCAAAAAUAUUGAAUCAACCUCUUUCUCUGAACAUCCUGCCUUCACUCUAAAGUAACACAAGUCCAAUUUUCAAUCUAAAAACUACUAGUUUACCUACUGCUACCGAAUUCUUAAAUUUUAUUAGUGAUUAUCCUUGUAUGGAGGAAAUCUAUAAAAUUAAUUUAGACAGAAUGUAAGACUUUGAAACCUAUUAUCCAGAAUACAAUAUUGGCAUGGUUCUUUUUAGAAUGAAAAGAAAUAUGAAAUUAAACAAUGAAUAAAAGAGUAAAUUCACAAUUAAUCAAAGUGCUGCGUUAACAAUAAGUAAGAUAAUAAAAAGAAAAGAUUAGCCAACCAAAAUUUGA